AUGGAUUCGGACUCGAUUCGUGGCAUUGGUGACCUCUCACGUGAGCACUGGUGGGACAAUGAAGUGGAGGCUGCAUGGACUACGAAACAGAAGGCACUAGCAACAUUUAACCAACACAGCACCUUGGAAAAUCUGAUCAACCUCAAACGAUGUUCUGCCAUUUUCCUCAAGAAGAAGAAACAAAACAUAAAGGAAAGUAUAAACAAACUCGCCGAGGAAAUGGACCCACAGACUAGCUCAUCCGAGCUGUGGACAAGAAUACGUCGCCUUGCCGGAAAGAGAACAAGCACCCGCAACAACAUAAUACAGGACAGUCCGGAAUUAGCGAAGGAAUUCAUGGACCUUAAUCUAGGACCGAGCGAUGUCCACCUGGAGGAAGCAAGCAGUUGUUCACUGGUAUCCAACUACGACAUAAUCGACCAAGAUAAAUGGGACAACAUCCUCAGCCGUAAGAAAUCGUCUGCACCUGGAGUUGACCGCAUCACAUACGACAUGCUCAAAUCGCUGAAACCGGAGGUGACAAAACUUAUCCUGAUCGACCUCAACCGCUACUGGAGACAAGGAAGUCUUCCAGAUCAUCUAAAGGAAAUCCGCAUAAUCGCCGUACCCAAACCGGGUAAGGACAAUACUACGGCAGCCGGAAACAGGCCUAUAGCGCUAGUACCCACCCUGACGAAAACUAUCAACACAGCAGUUCUUGACGGACUAAACAAGAUCAUCGACAGCCAGGAAUUAUUACCCAAAUUGUCUUUUGGGUUCCGCAAAGGACAAUCCACGAACACCUGUACCACAUACAUCACUAACCUCAUCCAAGAAAACCGAAGAAAAGGACUAACCGCAAUCGGGGUGUUCCUGGACCUGAGCAAUGCAUUCAACGCCGUCCGCACGGAAACACUUCAACAAAUUAUGCAAGAAUUGAGAAUACCCCAGAAGUACAUAUGCUGGAUAUCCGGAUUUCUGCGUAAUCGAGUCGUAACCAUCAGAAGUGGGGAAGACCACAUCAGAAGAGUUAUUAGUAAUGGACUACCACAAGGGGACGUCCUUUCCCCGACCCUUUUUAAUAUAUACACCAUCGGACUACACAACACCGAAGACGCGGAGGUCGUUCUGGUCCAAUAUGCAGAUGACUUUAGCCUAAUAGUAACAGGAAGCAAUCUGGAAAUCGCCAAAGCAAAAGCGCAAACUUACCUCGACAGGUUUGACGAAAAACCCCGAGAGUUAAAUCUUGCAAUAAAUCCCGAAAAAUCCAAGGCGAUGCUUUUCAAAGCCACUUAUGUGGAAUUGGGUCUGAAAAUCGGGCAAAACUAUCGAAACAGUGAUAAACUACAAACACCUAGGAAUUUACCUCGAUCGUACAAACAGCUUCGGGACUCACAUACGCGAACUCUGCCGGAAGAUUCAAGAACGAUUCAACAUGCUAAAAGUCAUCGAAAAUCAAACAUGGUGGCCACCCGGAGACCAUGGGACUUUUGUAUAAAGCUCUCAUACGAAGCGUCGUCGAACGCUUCGAAGAUUGAAGAGUCCUGUGGGAUAGGAGUUUUCUGUGAAUUCACCAAUCGAAGUAUCAGCCUAAAACUUGAACUGGAAACCUGCAUAACGACGGCUGAAUUGUUCGCCAUCCUAGUGGCACUGAAUCAUCUGAAUGACGAAAACAUCGUAGGGGCCGUACUGUUCACUGACUCACUUUCAUCCUGCCAGAUGAUAGAAGGGGACAUAAUCGAAAUAGCAUCAUCUCUGAAGGUAACCAUACAGUGGAUCCCGAGUCAUAUCGGAAUCAAAGGCAAUGACAUAGCGGACGAGUUAGCCAAGGCCGGCGCAAACUCCGAGGAAGUUCUGGAAAACGGAAUAUUUAAACACGACGCAUUCAACAUCUUCAACCAAAAUCGUAAAAACAAUACGAAUCACUGGUAUACCACGUAUGCGGAAGAAAAGGGUAAACACUUUUUCUCCAUACAACCACACUACAGCGAUGCCCCUUGGUACAAAAAUAAACAGCUUAAUAACCGUGAGGUCCGGACUCUAAAUCGAUUGAUGGCCGGACACAGCUACGCAAACAACUGGCUGGCAAAAAUGAAAAUAAUUCAGGACCCCGAAUGCGACGUCUGCCUGACCGAGGACACGGCAGAUCACGUCAUACUGCACUGCAACAAAUACGCCCUGACUCGCUCGGAAUUCGAUUUCGACGGAAAAUUCUGGACGCUGAUUGAUAUAUUCAAAACACAAGACUUGCAAACUUUCCGAGACCUCGUUCACUUUUUGAGAAAGGUGAAAUUGGAUUUAUAA